AUGGCAGUGCCGACGGUAACAAUAGACGAGCUAUCAAAUGCAAUAAUGGAUCCAACAAUCAAUGCGACACCAAAGAAGGUUCUAGAAGGUAUACUUAAUGAUCAUAUGGACUUAUAUUAUGGGAAUGAGACUCCAUUCACGACAGGCAAGACCGUUUUACCAAUGGACACUACCAUUCAAGACGUGGAUAACGCUGCUGCAGAUUUAGGAGUGGAAAAGAAAUUUCGAGAUAUUUUCUCGAAGAUAUCUGAAGUAUAUAAAAGUGGUAAUCUCACACCACAGUCCGUUAACUAUGGUUGGGAUCCUAAACUUAAACCAGUUUUAGUUGUAGUCACUCAAAAUAAAUUUUAGAUUAGCUAUCAUUGUGGGAGAAGACCUGGUUUUGGCUACUUCCAAAUUUUUGGCGAUUUGGAACUUCAAGGCAUUGUAACGCAUAUACAGCGUGUUUGGUAACAAACAUCCUGUAUAAUGACUAAACUAAUGCUGUUGACAGCAGACAUCUUAAGUCUUAAACUGGUCAAAAACUAGGUCAUAAUCUUAAAAUGGCCAAAAUCGGGUCAUCUCUCCUAUUUAGAAAAUUAUUAAUUUCUAUAUUACAAUGAUGACAUGGCUUUAAAUAAGUAA